AUGCUUGAUAUAGACAAAAUCAUAGAACUUUUCACAAGAAAGGACAAACCCAUGAAUUUCAUUGCUUGGUUUAUUGAUGAACCCGACGCUACACUUCAUACGCACGGCUUUUAUGACGGUGCAUAUGUGAACACACUGUCCCGACUUGAUGAAGUUUUUGGACAUUUGAUCAGUGAAAUGGAAAAGCGUGGCCUUACGAAGGAAGUCAACAUCAUAUUGACAUCUGAUCAUGGAAAUGAACAGAUUAACGGCGCAAAAAACAUAUUCUGUGUAAAGGAUUAUGUGGAUCUUAAUCGAGUCAAGUUUGGCCACAACAUGAUUUACACCGAUACUCAAGCCCUUGCUCGUGAAGUGUAUAAUAAUCUAUCAAAUGCUGUGGAUGAGACACUUUUGAAGAUCAGAGUUUUUACAAAACAUGGCUUUCCUAAUGAUCAUUUCUACAAGGGAAUGUCAUCGCGAAUAGGUGACGUCAUACUCGAACCCGACAUCGGUUACGACGUGGAUUUCACUUGUACGAGGAAGCAGUUAGACAAGUAUGGUUUA